UCAAGCUCAGUCUGGUGUUCCAAACUGAUACUUAAAUCCAGUAAAUAUUACCAGACAAGAGAGGAAGUUUGUUGACGUCUCCCUGUUGCGUCCAUAUGACAGGUUAAUAGUUUUUCUUCUUCUUUAUUUCUAAGUCCUCGUGACAAUGUUUGCCAGUGGCAGCACGUCCACUCCCUUCUCUGUGAAGGAUAUAUUAAACUUGGAGCAGAGUCAUGGCGUCAUGGUGUCUUCUCUGGACGUUUCUGCGCGCAUGGACUGCUGCACAGUGCCGGACUCUUCACUCUCCUCCUCAUCCUCCUCCUCUUCUCCCUCCUGCAUGCUGGCCCGCAUGAAGCAGGAGCCUCUGCGGGACAUGGCGACCGCAGCAGCCGCAGCUGCAGCCGCAGCCGCCGCGUCCUCGCUGUUUGGAGAAGAGCUGCAGGAGUCCAGAGCAGGCAGAGGGAGCUCUGCGCUCAGCUUUGCCUCCAACUUUUAUGGCAAAUCGCUCUUGGAUAUGGAUUUAAUGAAGGAUGAGAAACCAGACGGGUUUGAGGGGAAACGCAGAAAAGUGGAGUUCACUUCUGCUCUCGGGUCCGUGGAGGACGUUAAAUCCCAGGAUGCGGAUCCACCAAAGCCCCGCAGACGCAGGAAGCCGCGGGUCCUCUUCUCUCAGGCGCAGGUGUAUGAGCUGGAGCGCCGCUUCAAGCAGCAGAGGUACCUGUCCGCCCCGGAGAGGGACCACCUGGCCGGGCUGCUCAAACUCACCCCGACCCAGGUGAAGAUUUGGUUCCAGAACAGGAGGUACAAGUGCAAGCGGCAGCGGCAGGACCAGAGCCUGGAGAUGGUGUCUCUGCCGCCGCCCAGGCGGGUGUCAGUGCCGGUGCUGGUGCGGGACGGGAGGCCCUGCAUGGCGGCGGACACGAGCUCCUACAACCCGUCCUACAUCAACCAUUUCAACUACAACAAUUACCCGCCUUUCACUAACUACACCGGGCCCGGCUGCAACACAAACUACGCGUGUAAUUACCCCGCAGCCACAAUGCAAACUGUGCAGGGAUCCAACAACAACAACAGCGGGACUUACAUGAACUUUGCACCGGGGGAUCUGAACAACGUGCAGAGCAUGUUUCCCUCCACUAACGGCCUACAUGGCAUCAGGACAUGGUGAAUAUCAAACACAGGAU